GCCCCAGGGACAGUUUGUGAGCCAGGACUGAUAGUGCAGGCAAGUCUCACUCAUCUUGCAUAGGAGCUGCCCAACCAAGAUCUGGCUAGCUUCAGUGUGACAUCCUGCCUAUCAGGGAAAGGAAUUAUGAGCAAGAACUACAGCUUCAGACAAGUGACAUCCAGAAGCAAGAAGUUUUUGUAAAAAGCCAGGCCUACAAGAACCCUAGACCCAGCAAUGGCAUUAUCCCUGCAAGAAUUCAUCCACUCCCUCGACCUCCGGACCCUUCCCAGGGUCUUGGAAAUCCAAUCAGGCAUCUAUUUUGAAGGCUCCAUUUAUGAAAUGUUUGGCAAUGAAUGCUGUUUGUCAACUGGCGAAGUGAUCAAAAUCACUGGUCUAAAAAUUAAGAAGAUCUUAGCUGAAAUUUGUGAGAAUAUUGAAGGUGACCAGUCUCCAAAAACCUUUGAACUGCCUAUGAAUUUUCCAGGUCUCUUUCAGAUCAUGGCUGAUAAAACUCCAUACCUCACUAUGGAAGAAAUUACAAGAACUAUUCAUAUUGGACCUACUAGAUUAGGGCAUCCUUGCUUCUAUUGUCAGAAGGAUGUAAGACUAGAUAAUCUCACCAUCAAGCAGGAUGAGCCAAUCAUGCUCAGCUCAGUUGAAGAAAUUGAUGGAGAAAUGAUGGUGAAUUGUGGAAUAGUAAGGAAUCAUCAAAGUCAUUCAUUUACUUUGCCUUUGACACAAGAAGGAGAAUUCUAUGAGUGUGAAGAUGAGCAUAUUUAUACUCUAAAAGAGAUUGUCGAAUGGAAGAUUCCCAAGAACAGAACACGAACGGUGAAACUUACAGAUUUUUCUGAUAAAUGGGCCUCAGCAAAUCCAUUUCCUAAAGACUUUUACGGCACUCUGACUCUCAAGCCUGUUUAUGAAAUCCAUGGUGUGAUGAAAUUUCGAAAGGAUAUUGUUCGCAUUCUCCCCAGUUUAGACGUCGAAGUCAAAGACAUUACUGAUUCUCAUGAUGCUAACUGGUUUCUUCAGCUGCUCUCUACCGAAGACCUUUUCGAAAUGGCCCAUAAAGACUUUCCCAUGGUGGCUGAAGUGCUAGAAGCACCUCCCAGAAGUCAGCUGUCCAAUAGUAUUUUACAGCCUGGGAAGACCAUUGUGAUCCACAAAAAGUACCAGGCAUCAAGGAUCUUGGCUUCAGAAAUCAGAAGCAGUUUCCCUAAAAGACACUUCUUGAUCCCCACCAGCUACAAAGGCAAGUUCAAGCGGAGGCCUCGCGAGUUCCCAACUGCCUAUGACCUGGAGAUAGCCAAGAGUGAGAAGGAGUCGCUGCACGUGGUGGCCACCAAGGCCUUCCACCCCCUGCACCGGGAGCUCUCCUCGGUGUCCAUCGGGGACCAGUUUCUGGUUCAUCACUCGGAGACCACGGAAGUCCUCUGCGAGGGAAUCACAGAAGUGGUCAAUGUUCUGGCCUGUGAAAAGCUCCUCACGAAGUCCAAAGAGGCCGCGCGGCUCCCUCUGUACAUGGAAGGAGGUUUUGUAGAGGUGAUUCAUGACAAGAAGCAGUACCAGCUGGCUGAGCUCUGCCAGCAGUUCCGCUUGCCGUUCAAUGUGAAGGUGUCUGUGCGAGAUCUCUCUAUUGAAGAGGACAUCUUGGCAUCCACCCCCGGCCUGCAGUUGGAGGAAGACAUCACAGACUCUUACUUGCUCAUCAGUGACUUUGCCAACCCUGGGGAAUGUUGGGAGAUCCCUGCUAGCCGCUGGAACAUGACUGUUCAGUUAGUUCACAAUGUGUCCAAGGACGCAGGUUCGCCUCUCGUCAGGAGCCUGGUGGAAGAGAUCACCGAAGAGCAAUAUUACAUGAUGCGGAGAUAUGAAAGCUCUCUCUUACACCCCCCACCCAGACCCCCCAAACAUCCCUCCGUCGAGGGAGCCAGGUUAACCCUGCGCACCCUAGCAGAAGAAAGGAGACUGGAUCUGCCCGCUUCUCCCAAGAGUCACCACGUGGACAUAUCCAAGAAAAUUCACUCAAAUCAAGCUGGCCUGGAUUCCAGAGUACCACUUGGUUAUCACAAUGAUUCGGCCAGGGUGGAGAAACAGAAGAGCAAGGAUGAGGCCCUGCAGUAGCAGGCACCACUCUGACUAGAGAAAUCUUCAAACAUGGAAAAACAUCAAAAAUAACAAGAUACGAUGGAAGCCACUUGGGCAGUGAACAUAAAUGUUGCAAUGGGAAAGGAAGUUCAGGCUCCUAACUGAAAAACAACUGUUUCCCAGUGGAACUCCAGGAGAAUUUGGCUGGGCACUGCAAAGGAGAAAACAAUCUUGAAAGUUUUAACAGCUAAAACUCAAAGAGAAUACUGUGAUAAGGAACUCAUACUUUGUAUUCUGUUAUACCAAAAUCUGCAUGAACUGUUUCAUUGUAAGCACAUAUUUACUGUGCACAUUGUUGUGACUAUUUCUUUUAUUUUCUCGUGUG